ACGAGAUAGCAUCAGUGAGUUAGCGGCCAUGAAAGCACAUUGCAGAAAGAAUAUAGCAAUACGCUAAUUAGUCAGUGCUAAUGUUUGAUAUAUAUUAUUUACAUAUUUAUGUCAUAUGAAAGACAUCUUUAAUCAAGCAAGUUAGGGUAAACUCGUCUCUGUGCACGAGAAGCUCUCAGGCUAGCUUAGCUUGUUAGCUGCAAACAAAGACGCGAAAGUUCGCCAAGAAGAGGUCAAGUGCAAGUGUAAAGUGUGUGAAAAUGUACAAAGUACAAAUGCUGAGAGCGUUGGUGAAUCAGCGUCUAACUGCGGCGGUGGAAGAAAUAUUUGUAGUGGUAGAAAGAAUGAUAGCAGAGUACGAGGAGGAAUUUUCCCGAAUAAAAGAAGAGAACGAGCGACAACGUGAAUUACUGGACGCUUUUUUCAAGAAACAUCAAGGAAAGUCACACAGAGCAGCCUUCAGUGAAGAACAUCUUAACCUUGAGCAGCACAAGUGGAGCUCCGGGGUGCCGUUAGAGGAGCCACAGGAACCCCACAUUAAGGAGGAGGAGGAGGAACACGUCAUUAGCCAGGAAGGAGAGCAUCUUGAAGGAUUGGAGUUCCCAGUGAUUGGUGUCAUUGUGAAGAGUGAAGAUGAUGAGGACAAAUGUGAAAGUGAGAAGAAGAGCGAGGUGGAGACUCCAACCAGCAGUUCAACUCAACAGAUGACAACAGAAGCUGAUGGAGAUUACUGUGGACCAUCACAAGCAGACAACCUCUUAGCUCCACUAUCGAAUAAUGACGAGACAACGUCACACUCUGCUGACACUGAUGAAGUCUCUAAAGCUGACAACACACACUGGAAAUGCUCUCACUGCGAGCAAGCUUUUGUUAAUAAGGGGAAUCUGAAUAGACACAUGAAAAGUCAUGCGGGCGUCAAGGACUUUAAAUGCUCUAAAUGUGGGAAUAUGUUUGCUGACAAUUCAACACUGAAAAGACACAUGAGGAUACAUACAGGCGAGAAGCCGUUCAGCUGCCUAGUUUGCAGUAAAAGAUUCUAUGAGAAGACACAUUUGACAACACACACAAGAAGACACACUGGAGAGAAACCGUUUUCCUGUGCAGAGUGUGGUUUAGGUUUUGUCCGAAAUCAAUAUUUGAAAAUACAUAUGCGAACGCACACUGGAGAGAAACCAUUCGUGUGCACAAUAUGCAGUAAAAGGUACUCUCGAAAGGCGCAUUUGAUAAUACACACACGAGUACACACUGGAGAGAAACCUUUUUCCUGUUCAGUGUGUGGUGUAGGUUUUGUAAGAAAUGACGAGUUAAAAACACACACAAGAAUACACACUGGAGAGAAACCUUUUAUGUGUUCGGUGUGUAGUAAAGGUUUUAAACGAAAUCAUGAUUUGAACAGACACAUGAGAAGACACACUGGCGAUAAAACGUAUUCCUGUUCAACCUGCAACAGAAGCUUUUGUGGCCGAACAACACUUGUAAGACACAUGAGAACACACACUUAUGAGAAAAAGUUGAGUUGCAUUGUGUGUGAUGAAAGAUUCUCUUAUAAAUACCAGCUUGACUGUCACAAGUGUGCUGGUGAGAACAGCAGCACUAAAUGAACUAGCAGGACAUUAAACUGAUUUUGAUAAGUGACUUUCUCACACAAUAACUUGUGACUUUGUUGAUAUGCUUCUACCAUUUAAAUGCAAAACAAUACAAUACUCAAUCAUAUUUCAUUGAAUUGCAGACUUGAGCUAAGUGAGAGACUAAAAAGCUACUUACCGGUAGUUGUUUUCCUUUAGUCUGGUUAGGAAGCCAGUCUGUGAGCAUUUAGCAUCUUUUUACUCAACUGGUGUUAUACUGCUCUCGCCCGCUUUGCUUUUACAGUGAGUGCACUUACAGACACAAACGUGCAGUUGAUUGCGUUUGACUGCGUCACUGUUCCAGAUGAAGAUAUUUUGCGUGCUAUUUGUAGCACAUGUUGGGCAAAAAUCCGCCACCUGCAACACCAGCAUUGCUACGAUGCCUAAGAAGACGCUUGCACUGCUCAACAAGCUGCCCCAGACGCCAGCUGCAAAUAAAGGUGUGCAUAAACUACAAUUAAACCUAAAAGUUUAGAACAAUAGUUAUAAAUAAGUUAUCUGUAUUGGUCUUGAGAAGCAGGACGUUAUUGAUAAUUGCCUUGACAAAAAUGUAUUGUACAGCAGUAUUGUAUUUUCUCCCAGCAGCAGGUGAUAGCUUGCGUUUUCUUCCUGAUCGUGGCAGUGACAAAACUGUGCCAUGCACUUAUGAAAAAUUGUCUGCACAGUUGCUCUUGGGGUCUUAAGCUGCUUUGAAAUGGCUCCAAGUGACUUUCCUGACAUGUACAAUUCAAUUAUUUGUUUUUUACAGAUCUGUGCUGAGUUCCUUUGACUUUCCCAUUGUCGCGUUUGUAACCGAGUCUAAUGACUGCAUCACAUGAGACCUAUUGAAUUGGGCUCAGAGAAGUCAACAGGUGUCGUCAAUCAUAAUCACUCACAUAAAGUUUAGAGGCCAUGCCAUGAAGCUAAUUUGAUUUGAUUGUAAAUUUUCGACAUCACCAAAAUCGAUAAUGUAUGUUGCUGUAUGUAUACUUUUGACCCAGCAGAUUUGGUCACAUUUUCAGUAGAACCAUAAUAAAUUCAUAAAAGAACUAAACGUCAUGAAUGUUUUUUUGUGACAAACAAGUAUGUGCUCCAAUCACUAUCACAAAAAAACAAGAGUUGUAGAAAUUAUUGGAAACUCAAGACAGCCAUGACAUUAUGUUCUUUACAAGUGUAUGUAAACU